ACCGCCGGCAGCCAUGGCAUCUGAGGAGGCCUCGCUGCGGGCUCUGGAGAGCCUGAUGACAGAGUUCUUCCACAACUGCACCACCAACGAGCGCAAGCGGGAGAUAGAGGAGCUUUUAAAUAACUUUGCCCAGCAGAUUGGAGCCUGGAGAUUCUGCCUCUAUUUCCUGUCCAGUACCAGGAAUGACUAUGUGAUGAUGUACAGCCUGACUGUGUUUGAGAACCUGAUCAAUAAGAUGUGGCUUGGGGUCCCCUCUCAAGACAAGAUUGAGAUCCGCAGCUGCCUGCCCAAGCUGCUCCUGGCUCACCACAAAACUCUGCCUUACUUCAUCAGGAACAAGCUCUGCAAGGUCAUUGUGGACAUCGGGCGCCAGGACUGGCCCAUGUUCUACCACGACUUCUUCACCAACAUCCUGCAGUUAAUCCAGUCUCCUGUCACCACUCCUCUGGGGCUGGUCAUGCUGAAGACCACAUCUGAGGAGCUGGCGUGCCCACGGGAGGACCUCUGCGUGGCCAGGAAGGAGGAACUGCGCAAGCUGCUGCUGGAGCAGGUGCAGACAGUGCUGGGGCUGCUCACAGGUAUCUUGGAGACCAUCUGGGACAAACACAGUGUUACUGCUGCCACUCCACCACCAUCCCCGACCUCAGGAGAAAGUGGUGACCUCCUGAGCAGCCUGCUGCAGAGCCCCAGCACAGCCAAGCUGCUGAGCCAGCCCAUCCCCGUCCUGGACACGGAGAGCGAGUCGGUGUGCUCACUGGCGCUGGAGUGCCUGGCACACCUCUUCAGCUGGAUCCCCCUGUCCAGCAGCAUCACCCCCUCGCUGCUCACCACCAUCUUCCACUUCGCGCGGUUCGGCUGUGCCGCGCGGGGCCGCAAGCUCUGCGCCCUCAACGGCAGCAGCCCCGCGGUGCCCCCUGGGCCCGAGCGCGGCCGCCUGGGCGUGCUGGCCAUGGCCUGCAUCAACGAGCUGAUGGCCAAGAACUGCGUGCCCCUCGAGUUCGAGGAGUACCUGCUCCGCAUGUUCCAGCAGACCUUCUACCUGCUGCAGAAGAUCACCAGGGAGCACAAUGCGCACACAGUGAAGAGCCGGCUGGAGGAGCUGGACGAGAGGUGA